CGACGACGACGGCGACAAGCGAUCGGCCCUAGAAAUGGUUUACCACUGAGAAAUGAAGUCGUUUUCGAGCUCUGUUAUCAAUAAGUCGGGCAAGAAAUUUGCACCAAAGGCGCCCGUCCGACGAGCCGCUCCAGUCCCCCCUCCAGCCCCUUCAAGAAGGGCUAGUGUCACUUCACAAGUAUCGGCUACCCAAGUACCUGCACGCGCAAGUGAGACCGCAACUCCCGAACCGACUCCUUCUACCCCUGCUCCUACUACCACUAUCGAGUCAUCCAUCCCAUCCGAGCUAUCUGUCCCUGAAUCCUCGUCUAUCCCCUCGAAUGCUAAAGAUGCACCGAAACCCCAAUCUACAACCUCCAUUCCGAUCCCUCUCCCUAAGAGAAAGGCUUCAUUCGCCGCACCCGUUCCUCGACCUACGAAAGAUGUCCCCGUCCCCUCACAAAGCUCCCCGCCACCUGUGUCUACUGUGUCGAGUACCGAGGCCACGGUGCACUUAACCGGCCGUGAGAGUGAAGACAUAGAUGGCGAAGGAAUAGCGCCGGAUGAUAUUCGGAGUAUUGGAUCGCCCGCGACUCGAAAUGCUGAAGCUACGACACAAGUUCGGCCGUCUAAGCGCCUUAGAACAACCAUUGAAACCACCUCCCAUGAAUCCAUGGGAGGCCCGGACCAACUCAUUACUCCCCCGCCUACGCAAGUUCCUGCACUUGGAGAGCGUAGUGAGAGUCGUGACGAAUCAGAGACGCGCAGGGCUAGCCAACAAAGCACUACUAAAACAAAGAGCAGGAGGUCGAGCAGAUCCACCAGUAACGAUCAAGGGAGGAAUAAACCGAAAGAAAGAAAACCGCGCUCACGCAAGGCGCGUGAGCCGACUCCUGAGGGUGCUGAGAUGGUAGAGAUCGCCCCUUCACUCGUUAAGAUGUCGGAAUUAUGCAAAGAUCUACGCACGGGAAAGAAAUCGAAACGUGAAACAGAGUUGCGCAACUUGGAAUUGGCCGAACUUGAGCGGAAAAAGGCUCAGCAAGAGGGAGAACGUGUUGAUGAGACCCCAAUUAAGGAGACACCGAGUGCUGCAUCCCCUGCAGCUGAUGGGGAACGAGGCACUCUUGAUAAGAAGCCCCAGUCUGGUCCGGUCAUGAGAAUUGUGAAUGGGGAGAUUGUUCUAGAUACCGCUUCCCUUCAAGUCGAUCGCCAUGCAGAUGCAGCAAGGAAUGUUGGGGAAUUGGAGGACGUGGUUGAGAACUCGCUGACCCGAAAGAUCAAUCAAUCUACAUACGGGAAACGGUCCAAAACCGAAUCAUGGGACGAAGAUCUGACAGAUUUGUUUUACCGAGGCCUACGGAUAUUUGGGACCGAUUUUAUGAUGAUAAGUAAACUUUUUCCUGGCCGGUCUAGGCGCCAGAUUAAACUGAAAUUCAACAACGAGGAGCGCCGGGAUCCGGAACGAAUUAAGGAAACCCUCAUGGGGCCUCGGGAGUCUAUUGACAUUCGUACCUACUCUGAGAUGACCAACACAGAGUACGAUGACCCUCGCGUGAUCGAACAGGAGCUGGACGAGGAAAGGCGACGGAUUGAAGAACAGCAUGAAAAAGAGAAGAAAGCACAGGAAGAUUUACUCCGCGAUCCAGAUGGCUUAAAUGGGAAUAGUAAUGUCCAAGGUCCUGAUAAAGGACCCGUCAAGCCCAAGCGCAAUAAUAAGAAGCAACUCGCGAAAGGCCUGGGAGGUGGAACAGAAGAAAUCUUGGGCUCUAUAGACGAUUGAAUAAAACGCAGGACGACUUGGUUUUUGGCGCGGCUUUGUUUACCUGGAUGGGACAGGCGUUUCAUGGCGUUUUCAAUGUAUAGGUAAAUCGGUCCUACUUGUCUUUUUUUUUUCAAUCCGGGAUUAUAAUCGUGGUGACAUAUUUUGGACCCGCUGCUUGAAGCACAUGUCGAUGAAAAUCACUAUUAUAUAGAGAAUGAGGCCUUUCUUUACUCAUGG